AUGGUGAAACAGGUUAUGUACCUUACACUAAUCAGUCUUAACGUGCCAAGAGGGGAGCCCACGAAGACUGUUACUGAGGGACGAAACCGUUUACCAAGGCGGUCGGUGCCAAGCCCACCAACCAAUGUCACUGUGUUGGAGAGGCAGACAACAAGUGUUGUUCUCAAAGUGACACCAGGAGCAGGACAGCAUGACACGUUCUGUGCAGAAUAUUUCAACAUGUCACAUCCUGAUCUGAUGACAAAAAUAUGCAAUGACAGUGUUUUACUAUCUUUAACCGGAUUACAGCCAGGAACUUCUUACAACGUAUCUGUUUACACUAUUGCCAACAAUCAACGAAAUCCCGAAUCAAUGUUUGAUGGGAUCCUUAUCUCAACAUUACCCUCUGAUCCACAAAAAUUGACGAUUUUGGAAUAUACAUCUACCAGUAUUGACCUACAAGUUACACCUGGGAUCGGCAGCUAUGACGGAUUCAAAUUAAUCUACUUCAGCACUCAACAUCCAGCAAAAUAUGUCCAGAUGACAUACAGCAAUCAGAACAUUUCGAUAGAAAGUCUAGACGCAGGAUCUACAUACAAUAUAUCAGUCUUUACAUUAUCAAACAAUAUUCAAAGUGCUGUGUCCAUUUUUGCUGGGAAGCUAGUAUUGACACUACCGGCCUCUCCAUCUAGUGUGGUAGUAACAGCAAGGACAAAUACCAGUCUCAAUAUCACGAUAAACCCUGGAGAAGGAGCUCAUGAUGAACUAUUAGUUGUCUACUCCGGGGCAGGUAUUUCUCGUCAAUACGCGGUCAAUACAACAGAAGGCAGCUGGACCUUUUUCCUCGGCGAAUUACAGCCAGAGACAGUGUAUAACAUAUCUGCAUUCGCAAUUGCAAACAAUCAACGAAGUAUGGCGUAUGUCGUUCCUAGAAAUGUUUCCUGGACAGAUCCGACAAUUGACAGUCAAGUUACUGUAACGACGUCCGAGGGACUCCUUUUCAACGUCACCAUGCAAGAUGAGAAAUUGGACGAUGUGUGCCCCAUAUCCGGAUACGUUAACGGGCCUUCCAUGGCCAUAGAAGGCAGCACUGUACAGUUUUUAGCAAUAUUUUCAGUUGACCGCGAGUGUUUGUCGUCCUCAUCGUUGGAUGAAAUAGAAUGGUUCAUCAAUGAUAUAAAUAUCACGAAUAAAAGCUCAUCCCGAGUACAAAUUCAGUCAAACUACACACAGGCGGAAAUCCCCUGGUCCUAUUUGACAUUUCGUGAUCUAUCAGUUCUUGAUCAAAAGCCUUUGCGAGCAUGCUAUCUUGGGCGAUGUUUUACUAAAUCUGCCAUUGAAAUCCAGCUGUUGCCAAAAGUAAUGCUCGAUCCUAUAUCAGUUUCUGUGGAAGUUGGAGGCCGAAUCAACCUCACUUGUACAAUAACUGAGUAUGAUGAAAUUUACGAUCUUGAGUUUACAUGGACUUUUAGAGGAAUAACACAGUCGAACAAAUCAUCAUUGCCAGGUUUACAAUCAACACAAAAUUCAACGUCGAUUCUUCAGCUCCGAAAUAUAACAAAGCAGGACAGUGGAAACUACACAUGUGCCGUUAUGCUAUUCAAUAUCAACAGCACCACAAUCAAAGGAAAUUCAACAAGUUUUCUGUCUGUGAUAGCUGACGGAGAGGAAGCCUGUCCCUCGAUUACUGAUAAAAGCGGUUUAAUGUGGUCUGUGACACCAGUAGGACACACGCAGAUCCUUGUUUGUCCAUCCUCAUUCACAGGUACUGCUACUAAAACUUGCGGUGAAGAUGGACUUUGGACAAAAACAAAUCUGAUCAACUGUGUAAGAAAGGAAAUAGACGCUGCUUUACAACAGAUUAAUGGUAUAAAAGAAGGACUUGUUGAUGCUAGUGAGAUCCACAACGUUCUUUACAGUAUGGAAAAUGUCACUACAACUUCAAACUUCAAAAUCCACGCGCUAUCAUCUGGGGACUUGAGCAAGACUUCAGUUGUUCUAAGCGCAUUGGUAGAUGUAAUAGAUGAAUCCAAAGCACCUCCGAAUUUAACACAGAAUUUUGUUAAUAUCAUCGACAAUAUUUUGUCACCGGUAAAUCAGCACACAUGGACUGAUGUAAACAAAGAGUCCUCUACAACUGAUGCAAGCAGUCUAAUGGAAACGGUGGAAAAGUUAGGACAUACUGUAGGGAAACACGUUAACAUAGAUUCACCUAUCGCCAUCGAGGGAAACAACAUUGCUGUUGAAAUAAGACGUGUUCAGAAUCACGACAUUCUUUCUAGACCAAAGAUAUCAAAAAGUCGUUCUAAUUUUCAACAUGAAAUAGCGCUAAAUCUGGGGACCGGAUUCAAAGGUGACGUAACAUUCACAUCUGCUCUGUAUGCAACUAUUUCGACUAUUCUCCCUAACAAUGACAAUGUGAUCAGCGGAUAUCCAUCUGAACUUCUGGCUUUAUCAGUUAUCAACGGUUACUCCAGUCAUGGCAAUCUUCCGUUCAAUGUCAGCCUGAAGUUUGAUACUAAGACUUUACGGUCCCAUAACAACUUGACAGGGGACGUCAAUAUAUCAUGUGUUUUCUGGAACUUCAACGAAACGUUUGGUCCUAUCGGUUGGUCAGACGAUGGAUGUAUGUGGUCAGCAGAGAAAAAGACAUGUAUCUGCAACCAUCUAACUAAUUUUGCUGUUCUGAUGAGUCCCAUAGAAAUAACAAAUGAGUUGGAUAUCGCACGUCUUCAAGUUAUAACCAUUGCAGGAUGUAGCCUGUCCAUCGCCUCCACGAUUAUAACGAUGGUGGUGUAUAUUAUGCUGUGGAGGUAUAUAAAGAAUGAUAGAAGUAAAUUAGUGAUGAAUCUGUGUGUUGCCGUCACAGUCGCUUACAUCUUGUUCUUAGUUGGACUCGAUCACACAGAUAAUAAUGUAAUAUGUACAGUCAUUACAGCUUUCCUACAUUUCUUCUUUCUGGCUAUAUUUUGUUUGAUGCUUGCGGAUGGUAUACAGCUCCUUCGACGAACAACAGUAGUAAUGAAUGUAAAGUCAAGACUAAAAUGGCUUUUACUGAUUGGCUGGGGUUUACCAGUCAUCAUCGUUGGGAUAACAAUUGGAGUAAAACAUAAUGGCGGAUACCAUUCAACGAAAUAUUGCUGGCUCACAAUUACAGACGGUGUAAUAUAUUCGUUUGUUGGACCGGUUUUGGCUGUGAUUGUGGUCAAUGUUAUUGUCAUGGUCCUGGUGUUGAAGGCACUGUUAACGUCUCAGUUUAUCAUGACGAAGACACAAAGGCAGAAAAUUGUAUCUGCUAUACGAAGUGUGUGUGUUCUACUUCCGGUUUUGGGUAUCACGUGGUUUUUCGGAAUCCUCUCUAUUAACGAUGAUACUAUAGUAUUCCAGUACCUCUUCGCAGUCAGCAAUUCAUUACAGGGGUUCUUUAUCUUCCUGUUCCAUUGUGUCUUCAGUGUUCCGGUGCGUCGCGCCAUGAAACAAAAGUAUAAAAAAGCUGACUCAGCUUCAAAGUCGAACAAAUCUCAGGCAACAUCAACGACGCACUCGUCAAGAUACAGUGUAGACAAUGUUAUUGUUUAUGAAAAUCGCAAAAAAUAUGGAAAUGUUACUAUGAAAUGA